CGGGUCUCCCAGAAGGCAGGCUUUCUCCACCUUUUGGAGGCGUUGUGGUUCUGGGUGGCCCAGGAGCUAAUGUUGGAUGGACAAGUCUGGAGCUGCAGGACCCUUUGUGGGCCAGAGGCUGGGACCCCUCAACACCUGUCCUAAACUUGCAAGAUGCGCAUCACCUUCUGCCAGGGCGUGUUAGCCGCUGCCAUUGCUGUUAACCUGCUGAUCCUCUAUUACAUCUCAAAGUUGCAGCAGCAUGUCUUGCAGCGGCACCGGGACCACGCACAGCCAAGUUCCCCUCAACACCUCGCCCCCCUGCGCCCUGGCCUGACGAUCCUCAUCCGAGAGUUUGAAGAUUUUGAGAACUACGUCCCCAGCGUGGUGCAGUCUUUCCUGAAACAGAAACCAGAGCUGCCUAUACUGGUUGUGGCCGACAGCUUGCCGUACCCUCCCUUGAUUCUCCCCAAGGCUCCCAACGUUCAGGUUGUCGUUCUCAAACCUUCCCCGGCUCAGCCGGCCUACGUAUUCAGGCCCGAGACCUACGUGAGGACAGAGUACGUGGCCCUGGUGCCUGACGGGGUGAGAGUGGAUUCCAUCUCUCAGCUGGAGGAAAUGCUGGAGGAGCUCAAGAGCAGCCAAGGGAAAGCUGAGAUGGUCGCAGCUCCAGUGCAUUCGCUGGUGCCCUUCCGGUGCCUUAACCUGAAGGUUAACGUCAAGGAAUGGACAGCGGAGUAUGGUGAGACGCCUCCUUCCUCCAAGCUGUGCACUGCCUUGAAGGGGACGGCCGUUGUCCUUCUCCGCACCAAGAACCUAUUCAACCUUUCCAUGCCCUUGGCCAAACCUGUGCUGACCUCCCUCUUCAUCCAGACGUCUCUGCGAGGAUGGGCUGUCCGCGUCCUUGACACUUCCUUCUCGGUGCUCCACCAGCCUUUGUUCACCUCCUCCCAUAACCAGUGGAAGGCCGAUAACCUUGUUAAGUCCAGCCAAGUACAGCUCUUCCGGGAUUUUGGCAUCAAGCGGGUGAUUCUGGAAGAAGGGAAGGAGCAGUGGUUCGGAUGCAGCAAGGAGACACCGCGGUGUUUCGGUACCAUUCACGACGACACGCCAGAAUACCUCUACCAGAACCGCUGGACUCCACCUUGCUGUCUUAAAGCACUGAGGGAAACAGCCAAAUAUGUCAUUAACAUCUUGGAAAUCUCUGGGGUACGGUACUGGCUGGAAGGGGGGACCCUUCUUGGGGCAGCCCGUUACCGGGACAUCAUACCGUGGGAUUAUGAUGUUGACCUAGGUAUUUAUCUAGAAGAUAUCCCCAAUUGUGAAUUACUCAGGAACGCAGAGUCCGGUUCCAUCGUGGAUGAGAAAGGCUUUGUUUGGGAAAAGGCCAUUGAGGGCGAUUUCUAUCGGGUACAGUACAGCGAACACAAUCAUUUGCACGUUGACUUGUGGCCCUUCUACCCUAAGAAUGGCUUGAUGACCAAGGACACGUGGAUGGACCAUCGGCAAGACAUUGAGUUUCCCGAGCACUUCUUGAAGCCCUUGGUCCCCAUCGAGUUUGCUGGCUUUGUUGCUUUGGCGCCCAACAAUUACCGGAGCUUCCUGGAGCUGAAGUUUGGGGAAGGGGCGAUUGAAAAUCCAGAAUACCCAAACCCAGCACUGAAGAGCAUGAACACCGGCAGAUAAGGGAACCUUCGCCAUGGACCCGGCUGCAAAGGGAGAGACCUUUAGGUCUCUGAAAGCUGAAAUCUUCCCUCCGAUAUGAAUUGAGUAUGAAUCGUUGCUCACUGGGGGGUUGCCCAUCUAUUGCUGGCCCUCAGCGUCUCUUCAGAACUCGGGGAGAUGUUUGCAACAAUGAAUGGGUCCAGAGUACGGACCAGAGGGCCGUCGGUUCUGCAUUUUCUUUCCAGGAGCAGUCCGCCCGGUGCUUGCAGGACACUCAUUCCUAGGCCAUGAUAACCAUAACUCAGUAUUCUUUAUCCUCAGCAGCCUCUGGAGGCUGGGCUGCCUCUGCACUCAGUUAUGAUUGUUACCUUUAAAAAAUUAACACUAAGGAGGACAGUUGUCUUUUCCGAAACAAGCGUGUGCUGGGCCACCUGAAGAGAAAAACGGUGAGACUGACUGCUGUUCAUUUUAGCCACGGGCAUGCGACCCAGCAAACAGACAUGCUGACCUUCACAAAGUGGCCUAGAAGAAGGGAGAAGGUAGGAAGGAUCAAAAGUGAAGGUCUUGUCAUUGUCCAGGGACUGAAAAUGUGACAUCCCACCCCCAAUUCAGCUCUCCCCUUCCUCAAAGUUACUUAAGAGUAUUGGCAUGGUACUCACUCAAGAAACAGCAGUGAAGUGUUACAAGAGAAAGGUAGGAGCUUGGAAAAGUUGGACAGGUUGUUCCUAAGACAGCCCUGCCCAACCAGUUGCCUUGCAACAGUGUCGGACUGCCUCCAAGAAUUCCACGCCAGCAUGCCUGUAAAUCUCGUUGCCAGGUUGCAGGAAGAUCGUCCUAGAAAUAUAUAAGAAGGGACCUGCACCCUGUCCUACCAGGUCUGUGGCAAUAAGGCGGGCAGCAGCUGUGGCCAAGGCUCAGAAAAGGUGAAAGAAAAGGCCUCUCUUUUUGAGAGUAACGCUACUUCUGUGAUCCUUUGAACAGCAUUCUUUGAAGUUAGGUUCACGAUUAACUGGGCAGGAAGUUUUCCUCUGUCCCCCGAGGUGUCCUCUCAGACGGGUGUGCUGAGGAACUCAGCCUCCUGGGAGUGGAUGUCCUCCAAAGGUUGGGAGAAAGGGGGCGCCUGGGAUAUAGGUACAAGGACAGCUGAAUGAACGGGAGCACGGGCUUCCCUUUGGUUAUGCCUCUGCUGCGAAUGUGCAUUUUUUUGAAGAUGAAAGAACAGAGUUCCUCAUCCUGCUCUCCUCUCCUCCCCUCCCCGAAGCCCCCGAACUCCAUUGGUUUCUAUCACAUUUGGGCUUAUUCCAUACCUGUUUGGGGCUGCCCCCCCCCACUUUAUCUUGCUAACAGCCAGUAAGUGAUACAUGCUCGGUGUCAGGCUUGGCAUGGAGGUUGUGUUGGAUGGUCCGUAUCCUGAAAUUGCUUGGUUUUAAAACAGUAAAAAUAAAAAUAAUGUGCCAUUAUCCU